UUUGGGUACGGCUCUCUUAUUUGGAAAGCCGGGUUUAACUAUGAUGAUCGUCUUGUUGGCUUCAUCAAAGAUUAUCGCCGAGUCUUCUACCAAGGGAGCACUGACCACAGAGGGACGCCUGAGUAUCCAGGCAGGACUGUCACACUGGAGCCUGCUGAUGGGGAAGUCUGCUGGGGAGCUGCGUACAAGAUAUCCAAGAAAGAAGAUAAAGAAAAUGCGAUAAUGCAUUUAGAAGUGAGGGAGAAGCAGUAUGACAAGAAAGCUUAUCUUGAUUUCUUCACUGAUCCCACAGCUACAACUCCAGCCAUUUCUGGGGUAAUGGUGUACAUAGCAUCUCCAGACAAGAAGCUUAAUAAGAACUAUUUGGGGCCUGCUUCUUUUGAAGAGAUUGCCAAGUAUGUUAAUUCUAUCUAUGGAUUAUAGUUUGAGUGCCUAUUU